AUGGCGUCAUCCAAGUAUCCCUAUGUCCUGUCCACUCAGUUUCUUAUGCUGUCAAUUGACAUCUUUUUCAAUGCACUGUCAGUUCUCUGCUAUGGGAAUAAUAUGACUCUUUUGAUGAUUUAUAUACUACAAGAUACACUUCUAAUUAUGUCAGCAUUGGUACUUUUUGUAUCAUUCACUGCCACUUUUGUCUUUCAACUCGGGUUGAUUCAUAUCGUGAUAAUUCAAUUUCUGCCAACUAUCAUCAUUUCAAUAUUCUACGUUUUUGUUUCGAUUGGAUGGCAUUAUGCAAGUUUGAGCUCCACUUGGGAAGACCAAACUAUCAACAUUUUCAUGCAAACCCCUCUUGAAAUAUUCUAUAUUUUCCACAAAGUGAUCGCCUGCAUAUUCUAUUCAUAUUACAAACGAACGGCUCUCCAGAUAUCUGAUCCGAAAUACAAUUCUGAUUCUGCAUGGCUUCGAGAACUUUUCAUCAAACAUAUGAAUGAGAAAGCGGCGAAAUUGGAAGCGAGAGCAGCAGCAGCUAGUUGA